AUGAGAACCUCAUUCGUCAGACUGGCGUCCGUGGCUGCACUGCAGAAAAGCGUAACGGCAGAAUUACUUACUCUGAGAUCUGACGACGCAUGCAGCGUUCUCGCCAAUAAUUGGUCAGGCAAAGUGUCAUAUCCCAACUCGACGCAGUAUGCCAUUUCGAAUAACUACUGGUCGGCACCACAAUCCGAGAUUCAUCCAGCCUGCUUCAUAACGCCCGAAAGCGCAGAAGAGGUCUCCGACAUUAUAAAAAUCCUCACUUCCCUCGGGGCACAGUUCACAGUCAAGAGCGGUGGCCACACGGCAUUCGCAGGCGGUUCAAAUAUUGAAGAUGGUGUCACCAUCGACCUCGCACGGCUCAACCAGGUAACUGUAUCAGAUGACCGUCAAACAGUGUCCAUCGGUCCUGGAAACCGCUGGUACAACGUGUCGCAAGUCCUUGACCCACAGGGUCUUGCCGUCGUCGGGGGCAGGGUGAAUGAAGUCGGCGUAAGCGGGCUCAUCCUAGGAGGCGGGAUCUCUUUCUUCUCGGGCGAGUAUGGAUGGGCUUGCGACAACGUACGCAACUUCGAGGUCGUUCUGGCAUCUGGCAAGAUUGUCAAUGCCUCGACGUCUGAGAAUCCGGACCUAUAUUGGGCGCUUCGCGGAGGUGGAGGUUCCAACUUUGGCGUCGUGACCCAAUUCGACCUCGUCGCCUUUGAGCAGGGAGAUGUAUGGCUUUACAAUCCCAUCUAUACUCUUUCUUCAAGUGCGGAUCUCGUACCGGCCUUUGUGGACUUGGUCGUCGACGGCCUACCAUCAGAUCACGACGCGCACACAUUCUUCGUCAUUGCGAACUUUCCAGGAUAUGGCGAGAUCAUUGCGAACUACAUGUAUCAUGCCACACCUCCAGUGACGGCAGAAGACGUGCCGCCCGUCUUUGCUAACGCGAUCGCCGUUCCCGGGGCUGUUUCAACAACGACGCUGGUUGCUAAUGUUACCACUCAUACGAUCAAUCUCUCAGAACCUUACGGGAUGCGCAAGUCAUGGUCGGGCACCUCGGUUUACCUCAAAGAGGGCUCGGCCCAAUUCCUUGAGGACAUCAUCCUGCUAUGGCAGGAGCAUGCCCAAGAGCUGAUGGCUGCUGCCGGCAAAACUAACACAACAUUGUCACCUCUGUUCGUGUACCAGCCAAUAUCGACAAACAUCAUCGAGGCGAUGCAGAAGAAUGGCGGCAAUGCGCUUGGACUAAGACCUGAAGAAGGCCCGCUCGUUCAUAUCCAGGUCGUUACGCAUUGGGAGACUUCCAAACUGGACUGCCUCGUAGAAAGCAGCGUCGCAGAGCUGAUUGAGAAAAUUGAUGCUCUUGCAGAGGAGAGAGGUCUUGCGGCAAAGUACAUCUACAUGAACUACGCGGGUCGGCAUCAAGACGUAUACGGGGGCUAUGGAUCUGAGAACCAUGAGCGGUUGAGAAUGGUUUCUGAGAAAUACGAUCCGGCCAGGAUAUUUGAAACCCUUUGGAGGGGUUAUUUCAAGGCGUAA